UAAGAGGAGUUGCCAAUGUCAGAGAUGAAGCUGCUCCUGGCCCUAGCAGGGCUCCUGGCCAUUCUGGCCAUGCCCCAGCCCUCUGAGGGUGCUGCUCCAGCUGUCCCAGGGGAGGUGGAGACCUCGGUGGUGCUGACCUGCAUGGAGGAGGCCAAGCGGCUAGUGGACAAGGCCUACAAGGAGCGGCGGGAAAGCAUCAGGCAGCGGCUUCGCAGUGGCUCGGCCAGCCCCAUGGAACUGCUGUCCUACUUCAAGCAGCCUGUGGCAGCCACCAGGACUGCAGUGAGGGCUGCUGACUACCUGCACGUGGCUCUGGGCCUGCUGGAGAGGAAGCUGCGGUCCCGAUGGCGGGGGCCCUUCAAUGUCACUGAUGUGCUGACGCCCGCCCAGCUGACCCUGCUGUCCAAGUCAAGCGGCUGCGCCUACCAGGACUUGGGGAUGACGUGCCCCGACAACGACAAGUACCGCACCAUCACCGGGCAUUGCAACAACAGACGCAGCACCACGCUGGGGGCCUCCAACCGCGCCUUUGUGCGCUGGCUGCCUGCGGAGUACGAGGAUGGCGUCUCUCUGCCCUUCGGCUGGACCCCUGGGGUCAAGCGAAACGGCUUCGCGGUGCCCCUGGCUCGCGCCGUCUCCAACGAGAUCGUGCGCUUCCCCACGGAGGAGCUGACCCCGGACCAGGAGCGCUCGCUCAUGUUCAUGCAGUGGGGCCAGCUCAUCGACCACGACCUCGAUUUCACCCCCGAGCCGGCCGCCCGCGCCUCCUUCCUCACGGGCCUCAACUGCGAGACCAGCUGCCUGCAGCAGCCGCCCUGCUUCCCGCUCAAGAUCCCACCCAACGACCCCCGCAUCAAGAACCAACAAGACUGUAUCCCCUUCUUCCGCUCCUGCCCGGCCUGCACCGGGAGCAACAUCACCAUCCGCAAUCAGAUCAACGCCCUCACCUCCUUCGUUGACGCCAGCAUGGUGUACGGCAGUGAGGACCCCCUGGCCAACAAGCUGCGCAACAACAGCAACCAGCUGGGGCUGCUGGCCGUCAACACCGACUUCAGUGACAACGGCCGGGCCCUGCUGCCCUUUGACAGCCUGCACGACGACCCCUGUCUCCUCACCAACCGCUCUGUGCGCAUCCGCUGCUUCCUGGCAGGGGACACCCGCUCCAGUGAGAUGCCCGAGCUCACCUCCAUGCACACCCUCUUUCUGCGGGAGCACAACCGGCUGGCCACACAGCUCAAGCGCCUGAACCCCAGCUGGAGUGGAGAGACGCUCUACCAGGAGGCCCGCAAGAUCGUGGGAGCCAUGGUCCAGAUUAUCACUUACCGGGACUACCUGCCCCUGGUGUUGGGGCCAGCGGCCAUGAGGAAGUACCUGCCCAGGUAUCGUGGCUACAAUGACUCAGUGGACCCGCGCAUCUCCAAUGUCUUCACCAAUGCCUUCCGCUAUGGCCACACCCUCAUCCAACCGUUCAUGUUCCGCCUGGACAAUCAGUACCGGCCCGUGGCGAUAAACCCCCGUGUCCCACUCAGCAGGGUCUUUUUUGCCACCUGGAGGGUAGUGCUGGAAGGUGGCAUUGACCCCAUCCUCCGGGGCCUCAUGGCCACGCCUGCCAAACUGAAUCGCCAGAACCAAAUCGUGGUGGAUGAGAUCCGGGAGCGAUUGUUUGAGCAGGUCAUGAGGAUCGGGCUGGACCUGCCUGCUCUGAACAUGCAGCGCAGCCGGGACCACGGCCUCCCAGGGUACAAUGCCUGGCGGCGCUUCUGCGGGCUCCCGCAGCCCAACACGGUGGGCGAGCUGGGCACGGUGCUGAAGAACUUGGAACUGGCGAUGAAGCUGAUGGAGCAGUACGGCACGCCCAACAACAUUGACAUCUGGAUGGGCGGCGUGGCCGAGCCCCUGGAGAACAAAGGCCGCGUGGGCCCCCUCCUGGCCUGCCUCAUCGGCACCCAGUUCAGGAAGCUCCGGGACGGUGAUCGGUUUUGGUGGGAGAACAAGGGCGUGUUCACCACAACGCAGCAGCAGGCCCUGGGCAAGAUCUCCUUGCCUCGCAUCAUCUGCGACAACACGGGCAUCACCACCGUGUCCAAGAACAACAUCUUCAUGUCCAACUCCUUUCCCCGGGACUUUGUCAACUGCAGCACACUUCCUCCGUUGGACCUGGCUGCCUGGAGGGAAAAGGCCUAGGGGCUGGGCGUCCUCCUGAAGAGGAACUGGGCCCAGUGGCCUUUUUGUACCAUUUGUUUGCCCUGAUGUUUAUGGUAAUAAAGCACCUCGGAUGGGGA